AUGCUCCAAGAUGUUCUCGAGAAAGUCACUUCAGAGAACAUCGACGACCAUUUGUUUGACCUCUAUACCACAAGAGCACCUUCUGAAGAACACCAUCUAGGCUAUGUGGAUCGAAGUAGUGACAAUAUUACCGUUACUCUAGAGAAGACUGGCAUCGACUUGAUUAUCAAACAGUCACUUUCAGCAUUUAACUCGCUGAAACAACCAUCCUCGACCGGCUACGUAUGUUGGCAGACCUCAAUUUACUUGGCAGAUUGGCUUUUAGGCGACCCCAAGUGUCCAUUGAAGUUUUUGCUAGACAAAAAACCUACUAUUUUGGAGCUUGGAGCUGGGUCUUCAGGCAUCUUGGCGUCGGUUCUAGGGCCAUUAUCUUCUACAUAUAUUGCUACUGACCACCAAAAACACCUCUGUCGGCUUCUGAGGCUCAAUACUGAGGAGAAUGUUCAGGGUAAGGUUACAUUUCUAGACGUAGACACACCAGCACUAGUACCAAAUUUUGGAGGUUCAACACCAAGUAUCCGGUUUAUGGAGUACGACUGGGAAGGUAGAAACGCCUUGCUGGUGCUCAAUCCAGUCUUAAAUACAUUUCCACACCUAAUCUUGGCAAGCGAUACCAUCUAUAACGAGUACCUAAUCCCUUAUUUUGUUCAUUCAGUUGCUGAAAUAUUGGGACCAUAUACUGUUGCCGUAGUGGGUGUGCAAUUGCGAGACGAGUCUAUCAUCGAGAUGUUAUUGGAGUGUUUUCUUGACUCUAAUUUGUGUGUAUAUUCGGUGCCCACCUCGCUCUUGAGUGAAAAGCUCCAACGUGGAUUUGCAAUAUACUGUAUCACUCAAUGA